GUUCAUUUACUGAUUACGAAAAUGUAUUGUCUUGCGAACCGCAAAAUGAUGAUAAAUCAUUCAGUAUUUAUUCGAGUGAAUGUAAAAAUUUUAAUGGAUUAGAUUUAUUAUCUAAUACAUGUAAAUCUUCUGAUGUAUGCAAUGCAGUUUCUAAAUUUUUAAAUAAAUUACAGGGAAAAAAUAAAGAUUCUUAUGCUGAAAAUGGAUUUAAAUAUAUGUACUAUUGGUUAUAUGUUGAUGUACUGAAAAGAGCUGUAAACCAUUAUGAUACGAUUAAAUUGUAUAAAGAACUUAUUGAUAAAUAUGAAGAACAAGGUUGGCACAUAAUUGAAAAAUGUAAAAAACAAUUAAACGAGAAAAAUUCCGAUAAUCUUAUAAAACUUUUUACUUUAUAUAAUGAUUUUAAUAAACUUAAUUCUAAAUCUGAUGACAAAUGUAAAUUUGCUAAAGAAUGCGCUGAUACAUAUAUGCGUUACAUAGGUGAAUCUCAUAUAUGUGAUGACAAAGAUUUUUGUAAUGAAUUAGAAAAUUUUAAAGACAAAUAUGAGCAUAAUAUGAAAAAUAUAUCAUGUUCCAAUGGUGCACCAAAAACAUUACCCACCACGAGGAAGAAUGAACUAUUAUUUACAAUCUCAGUGCCAAUUUUCGUAAUGUUACUGAUAUCUUUUAUUGGGAUUUUUUUAUAUAAAGUUAAUAUAAUAACAUUUUUAAAAAAAU